AUGGAGCAGCAUGAGGGUGCAGAGGACCCUGGGGAUUCUUUCGAGAUAAAAAUCAGACGAGACUCUGUUGCGUCGUCUCGUCAAUCAGUUGAUGCUGCUGCUGCUGCUGCUGCUGCAGGCGGUGGAGGCGCCGCGGCCAAAGCAGCAGCAGCAGCAGCAGCAAAGCCGUCUGUAGCGUUCGCCGCUGUGGACUCUGACGGCGAGGUCUCAUCUGCGUUACUGGCCUCCCCCAAGCACGACACCAGCAGCAACAGCAGCAAUUCCUCCUCGUCCUCCGCAGCAGCAGCAGCAGCAGCAGCAGCAGCAACUGCUUUGCCCGUACCCAAGGCCUGGGUGCGGGAGCCUUCUAGACUUCGAAACUCCGUCCGCAUUUCUCUCUUUUUGGUCGUGUGGUGCUGCUUGCUUUCCUUCACUUUGUUCGUAUUAGGGAUAGUAGCAGCAGAAGAAGCCAUUGACUUUGCUUCUGCUGCUCUCGAGAUCAUUUCGGCUGCUUGUAUAGCUUUUUUUGGAGCUUCUGCCACUCUCAAAAGGGACUGGCGCGGCGCCAGCGUGUACGCGGCGCUCGCUGUGCUGCUGGCGCUGCUGCAGCUGCUCUUGGUGGUUCUCUCUGUCUACAAUGUGAAGUCUGUUAAGAAGCGGCUUUCCAAUUUAGACCCUUUUGAAUCUGCUGCAGCACAGGAGCAGCAGCUGCGGCUGCAGCAGCAGCUUGUCAGUGCUUCUGCGCAGCUGGGGAUAUAUCUUCUUGCCUUGCUGUCUUACAUUUCUGCUGCCGUUGGUGGUUACUUCCUUAGACGCAACAUCCUCUUUUUCGGCCCAGGGUCGCCUGCUGCUGCUGCUGCUGCCAGGGGAGCUGCUGCUGCUGCUGCUGCUGAAGCAGUUGCGUCUGCUGCUGCUGAAGACGCAGCUGCGGGGCGCAGAAACAGCAGGAAAACCACCGUGCAGCAGCAGCUGCUGCAGCAGCAACUGAACCUGCUGCAUCAGGAACAGGCGGAGCAGCAGCAGCUGCUGCUGCUGCGCCAGGAAGAGCUGCUGCUGCGGAAAGCGUCUAGGGGCCGUUCUCUCUCAACAGCAGAAGUGAGGAAGUUCUUAGCAGCAGGCGAAGAUGACAAAGCAGCAGCAGCAGCAGCAGCAGCAGCAGUAGCUCGCAAGUCUCUCGCCUUCACAGAGCAUGACAGGGAGGCAGCAGUAGCAGCUGCUGCAGCAGCAACAGCAGCACGGAGGUCCCUCGUUUCAUCCUCAACAGGAAGCAAGGAUGAAGCAGCAGCAGCAGCAGCCGCUGCUGCUGCUGCCGCGCUGCGGAGCCACCGCGCUUCCCUUGCAGCUCUAGACAGCAGCAUUGCGCCCCGCCGCGCGACUGCUGCUGCUGCUGCUGCUGCACGAGAGCAGCAGCGGCUGCGGCGGAUGACAGCUGAUACAGCGUUGCGUGUUGCUGAAGCAGCAGCAGCAGCGGCAGACAAGCAGGGAGACAAAAGCAGCGAGAAGGAAAACGAAUGA